AUGUAAACAAAAACUGGCAUUACCUUAUGCGAAGUUUACGUUUUAAGGAGGGUGGAGAUUUAUUUCAGCUUGCCUUUUAUCUGCUUAGGUUUUGUAAAUUUAUCACCAGAGGAGUUUGGAGGUAAACUACAAAACUUAGGUGACUGCAAGCAAAGGCAUGGGUAAAAACAAACACAUUGCAAGAGCAGGAAAUGGAAAAGCUGCCUUUUUACUGGCAGCUAAGUGUUGUUCCAAAGUAUCAUGGCAACUGUACAACCAAUCAAUUCACUUAUUUAAAGAAUUUUUUAAGAGUAGUAAGACUAAUUUAACGAUAGAUGAAACAAUCUAUCAGCUAUUAUAAAGUACAAAAUAAUCAGCUAAACACUAAGGCUGUCCUAUCUGCUCACAUGAGAUAAAGAUGCCCUGUCUCCCACAGAACAAAAAUAAUUUUUUCACCUUGUUUAGAAUUCAGAUGAAAACAAGAAGUGACUUUAUCUUAGAACUGCUUUCAGUCAACCUUAUUUCUGUCAUGGGACAAGACAUUCCUUGACAGUCCAGAGGGUCUUUACCCCAGUCCAUUAAUUUGGUUGAGAGGAGGUAAUACAAGCAGGGACAGGAAAAGAAGGUGGCAACUAAAUUUCAAGUACAGAAGAAUCAUUCUAGUUAUGAGAAGAGUAGUCAAGCUGCUAGUUGAGGUAAUGACUGCCUUAUCCCCAACUGACAAUCCAAGAUUAGCCACUAAAUUGCUAAAGGGAUAUAAAAAAUUAAGACAAUGUUUAUAAAUAUUACCUCUGCCAUGAGGACUCAUAGUAGAUAAGAGUUUUGGAGAGGGGGAAUGCUUUUCUGCUCCCAGUGUAUUUUAUAGAUUUACAAGAGGUUUUUAUGAAGGUUCUUUUUUUUUUUUUAAUGAGAUAUAGUAAAGGGAUCUAUUUGACACAUGUCCUCAGACAUAUUGGCAGUUUUCCUUAAACUAUGGAGUUCCUCAUCUGUUAUUUUUUCAUUCUGUAUACUGUACGUUCCCAGGCAACUCUCAAAUUUGUAAACACAGCUAUGGACACACUAUUUGCUUUAACAGUAGUUACCUGGAAAUCGAGGUCUCUGUUUUUGUUACAUUCCCCUCCCCUACAUUUCUUAAUCAUAUGUAACGUUUGUGGUCACAGGUUGAUUUUCAAGUUCCUAAGUCUGUGCCUGAUGGUGUGUAGCCUCUAGUGUGAAGCAAGAGGAAAAUGAGUAGUCAGGAACUGGUCACUUUGAACGUGGGAGGGAAGAUAUUCACCACAAGGUCUUCAACCUUAAAGCAGUUUCCUGCCUCUCGGUUGACACGUAUGUUAGAUGGCAGAGACCAAGAAUUCAAGAUGGUUGGUGGCCAGAUUUUUGUGGACAGAGAUGGUGUUUUAUUUAGUUUUGUCUUAGAUUUUUUGAGAACUCACCAGCUUUUAUUACCCACUGACUUUUCAGACUAUCUCAGGCUUCAGAGGGAGGCUGUAUUCUAUGAACUUGAUCCUCUGGUGGAUCUCUUAAACCAAGAACACCUGCUACAGCCAAGACCUGCUCUUGUGGAGGUACAUUUCCUAAGCCGAAACACUCAAGCUUUUUUUAGGGUGUUUGGCUCUUGCAGCAAAACAAUCGAGAUGUUAACUGGGAGAAUUACAGUGUUUAUAGAGCAACCUUCAGCACCGACCUGGAGUAGUAACUCCUUCCCUCCUCAGAUGACCUUACUUCCACUGCCUCCACAAAGACCUUCUUACCAUGACCUGGUUUUCCAGUGCGGCUCUGACAGCACGACUGAUAACCAGACUGGAAUCAGGUAUGUUUCUAUAAAACCUGAUAACCGAAAACUGGCCAACGGAACUAAUGUCCUCGGCUUACUGAUUGACACUUUAUUAAUGGAAGGCUUCCAUCUGGUCAGCACCAGAACAGUAUCCUCUGAAGACAAAACUGAAUGCUAUAGCUUUGAAAGGAUAAAAAAGCCUGAAGCUCUUAUCAUGAACAAAACACUGAAACCAGAGACUACCCUCAUGCCAGAGCAAUCUCAGAAAAAGAAAUGAGGUUCUCUGUUCUCUUUUAGAGUAAAAAGAAAUUGCCAUUUUCUGGUUUGGAAAUUCCAUAUUUAGGGCAUAUAUGUUAGUCAAAUAUGUACUCACCCUAACUUUCUGGCCUUCUACCAUGCCAUCUUUGGGCAACCACAGCUUAACAGUGCUUAAGACACACUGACUACGUGCUGCUCUCUAAACAACACUGUGCACUUGGUGCUUUGGUGCACAUUCCUUCUACCUUCAAUGCCUCUUUCCCUUUCUCUUCUUCAUGAACACUUACAAAGCGUUCAAGAAUGGACUAUGGAAUCAGACUGCUUGAUUUCUAAUCCCAACUAAGUCACUUACUAGCUAUAUGGCUAGGGCAAGUCAUUUAACCUCUCUCUGCCUCAACUUUUUCAUCUAUCAAAUGAGGAUAAUAAAUAUAUCUCCCUUAUAGGAUAUAUGAGGAUUAAAGGAGAUAAUGUAAAGCAUUCAACACACUGCCUGGCGCAUGGUAGGCACUCAGUAACUAUCAGUGAUGAUAAUGAUGAAGAAGAUGGGUAACCCACUUUCAACUGUACCUCUUCUGUAAGGCCUUGUUUUCCUCCUUUCCUAGGCAUAGUAAUCAGCCCUUUCCUCUAUCUAGACUUACAUGCCAUCAUAAAAACAAAUUUUUCUCACUUGAAUGUGAGCUCGAUCCACUCAACAGUUUUAACUCUACUAUGUGUAAAGCACUGUGCUGAACACUUGUUGAGAAAUACCUUUGUUACCAAUUAGCACCUACUCUGGUAAAAAGCUUUUUGCAUAUAACUUCUACUAACAUUUAAAAUACACAUAUUACUUUUUAAAAAAUAUUUAUUUAUUUGGCUGCAUCGGGUCUUAGUUGCAGCA